UUGACUGCAUGUCACUUGAUUGAUUAAUGUUCUUUUGGAGAAGGCUUGUGAAGAAGAAUUAUAGCUGGAGGCUGGAGGUGUUCUGGCACUAUUGAUCUUCCCAACCUUCUUCUCAAUCAAAUGCCUCACAGUUCAAUAAUAUUUUGAAGCUCUCGGGCAUGUUCAUGGGGCUGUGUGCCGUGUUCAUGACCGGCACCGCGCUGCAGAGGCUCGACUCCCUGGAGACGGCCAGGGCGCCGAUCUCGAACUUGUCCUCCUGCUACUCGUCGAGCGCCUGCCUGGCAGUGAUCCGCCAGGGCCGCCUGUCGGCCCUCCUGCUGGAGCUGAAGAGCCUGGUGCAGGCCGCGGAGGCCGGUCGUGGAGAGAAGAAGUGGACGGACCGGACGCUGCGAGGCGUGACGAUGUUCGCGACGGUGACGGUGCCCAUGGCCGUGCUCGUCUUCGCCAGCCUGUGCGCGGACAUGCUCCUGGCCGACGAGCCUCAACUGCCGCUCUGGCCGUUCGUGCCACACGCGGGGGCCUGGGGCGUGUCUUGCGGACGGAUGUUCUGGGGGUGCUGGUUCCUCCUGGCCGUCUGCUCCGUCUUCUAUACGGUGACCGCCCUCUGCCUCUGCGCGGCGGCCGCGGCCGGCCUCCACGACGCCCUGGCGCUGCGCCUGCUCGUCCAGGGGGGCGCGACCCCGGAGGAGGUCCGCGACGUGGUCAGGAUCCACAUGCACCUGCGCAGCACGGUCCUGGACCUGACCGACUACUUCGCCGGCAACCUCGUGCACAUCCUGGCCAGCUCGUUCUGCAACUCGCUCUUCGCCACCGUGCAGGUGGUGGGUGGCGACGCGAACGCCACCACAUUGGCCCUCCUCAUCCCCGUGGUCAACGUCUUUCUGCCGCUGUCUCACUUCAGCCAGAAGAUGUCGGACGCCAGCCGCUCGCUGGCGAGGUCCGCCUACCACGCGGCCACCGACGGCGUCGAGCUCCGGGAGGCCCGCGCCCUGCUUCUGGUCAUGCUAGCCGCGGGCAGACCGCCGGCGCUGAGGUGCAGGGGCCUGGGCCGCUUCAACAGGGCCUCGGCGAGGAACGUCUUCCGUCAGUUCUAUGCCGCCGUCAAUAUGCUAGGUCCGAAGCACUAAACACACUAGGUUUGCAAACGUAAUCCAGCGGCCUUUCACGGCACGACGUCACCAAAAAAUAUAGUUGAGUCGCACUCACCCGAUUAAAAUUAUUGAAAUAACCGCACUUUCUGUCGGUCUGUCGGAGACAAUAUGUGGAAUACACAUCGAUUCGCUGCGACCGAGUGACGAUCAUUUUUCGGCUGGGGAGGAGAGGGUGGUCGUGCACACCGUGGCCAUCUCCUCACCCCGACGGCCGUCGGAAUGUGCACGCGCCGGGGCGGGGCGAGAUGG